AUGGCAAGGUUAAGAAAUUGCUUACGCGGUGAAGCUAGGGAAGUAGUAUCGGCACUGCUGUUUACCGCGAAGGAUCCAGCAGAUAUUAUGCGAACAUUAGAGCAGUGUUUCGGCCGCCCAGAAGUAAUUAUCGAUCGCGCGUUAGAAGAAUUGAAACGCCUUCCGCGCCCGGGUCAAACUGCACAGGAGCUAAAUGCGUUCGCAAUAAAGUUGCAAAAUAUCGUGUGCAUUUUGCAAAACGUCGACGGCAAGGGAUAUCUGCAAAAUCCAAUGCUUACUAGGGAGGUAACGACGAAAAUGACCGGUCGCGGUAAAGGUGGUAAAGGUUUGGGGAAAGGUGGAGCGAAGCGGCACAGAAAAGUUCUUCGUGAUAACAUCCAGGGUAUCACCAAACCGGCUAUCAGACGUCUCGCACGCAGGGGCGGUGUGAAACGUAUCUCCGGGUUAAUCUACGAAGAGACACGCGGUGUACUCAAGGUGUUCCUUGAGAACGUGAUUCGUGACGCUGUUACAUACACCGAGCAUGCGAAGAGGAAAACCGUCACCGCCAUGGAUGUCGUCUACGCCCUGAAACGUCAAGGACGUACCCUCUACGGAUUCGGUGGUUAA